AUGUUGCACACGGAGUUUAUCGAAAUCCUAGGAAAACCAGAUAUUAUUGGCUAUGUCCGAAGGAGCGACGGGCAAGACAUCGAGCCUGGAAUUCCCAAGUAUAUCGUUCGGCCUAGCUCAUAUCGGACGCCUUCUUUGGAUUGGGCUCGGUCGAUCAAAAUGAUCGACUUUGGUCAAUCGUUCUCACAAACCACUAUCUCUCAAACACUACAUACCCCUCUAGCUCUUCGGGCACCUGAAGUUAUAUUUCAAGAUCGCAUUGAUUGUCGUGUUGACUUAUGGAGCAUGGGAUGCAUGCUCUUUGAACUUUUCGUUGGCCAGCCGCCUUUCGAUACCCUCUUGAUAACGCCCAUAAUCCUGGUUGGCCAGAUGCAAGAGAUAGCAAGUGAUGACCUAACUGAAAGAUGGAACAAGAUAUGGGAGACGAUGAAAGGAGAUGAUGAUGAACCCACAGACAACGCUGUACCCAAUUUGCAAGAAUGGCUGGAGGAAUUGUACUUCGAUAGCCCGCAGAGUCCCGACCUUACCAGAGAGGAUAUCGUGAAGCUAGGGCAAAUCAUUGGAAGCCUAUUGCGGUUUGAGCCGUCAGCAAGAGCGUCAGCAAAACAAGUUUUGGAUGACCCUUGGUUUGAUGAAUAA